UUUUGGGCUUAAUUUCUGCACAUAUUUGUUAUAUUUAUUAAUUUCAUAUCGAACCUAUUAUAACGUGUGUAAUAUACACUUAAAAAACUUUAACAUAAGGCAAAACUUAUGUGAAGAGCAUGUAUUAAGGACCAAAACUUCACGCAUUAACUAUCCAAACAUUUUGAAAAUCCAACAAAUUUUACAAGGCCACAAAGAGGAAGAGGAGGACGUUUGGAUCAGAAGAAAAGUGAAAAUGGUGGGAGAUAUUGCUAAGAGAUGGAAGCAACUGAGCGGCGAUAGCAAAUGGAAAGACUUACUUGAUCCUCUUGACUUGGAUCUACGCCGUUACAUCCUCCACUACGGCGACAUGGCUGAGGUCGGAUACGUUACCUUUAAUAGUGACCGUCGGUCCAAAUAUGUAGGAGAUAGCUGCUACACCAAGGAGGAGCUUUUUGCUCGUACCGGCUACCUCAAAGCCAACCCUUUCAGGUACGAGGUGACUAAGUACAUAUAUGGAACAUCGUCGAUAAGGUUACCGGAAUGUUUCUUAAUCAACUCAUUGUCAAGGGAAGCAUGGAACAAAGAUUCUAACUGGUUAGGUUACACUGCGGUGGCUACAGACGAAGGCAAGGAGUUGUUAGGGAGAAGAGACAUUGUUGUAGCAUGGCGAGGGACAAUGCAGUUGUACGAAUGGGCUAACGAUUUUGAUUUCCCACUUGAAUUAGCUACCUCGGUUUUCCCUAGUACUGACCCGAAUGAUCCAAAUGACCCUCCUCGCAUUGCCAAUGGUUGGCUGUCUCUUUACACAACCUCUAAUACACACUCACGUUUUGACAAGACCAGUGCACAAGAACAGGUUCAAGGAGAGCUCAAAAGGUUACUAGAAUUGUACAAACAUGAAGAAGUUAGUAUCACCUUUACAGGCCAUAGCUUGGGCGCAGUUCUAUCUAUUUUAUCAGCCACAGACUUUCUCCAUAACGAAUGGCCUAAGACCACAACAAGUCUUGGAGACAGGCUUUCUUGUGUCACGGUUUUUGCUUUCGGCAGUCCCCGCAUCGGUGACCUUAACUUCAGAAGACUGGUCGAGUCUCUAAAAAAACUCAACAUCUUGAGAAUAACAAAUGUCCCGGAUCUCAUUCCGCAUUACCCGGUGUUCAGGUUCAGAGAUGUAGGGGAGGAGCUUGAGAUCAACACGUUGAAAUCAGAGUAUCUGAAACGGUCUCUAAACUUGGCGCAUUUCCAUAACCUAGAGGCUUACUUGCACGGCGUGGCGGGGACACAACACAACCAAGCGGAGUUCAAGCUUGAGAUUAACCGUGAUAUCGCGCUGGUCAACAAGGAAUUAGAUGCUCUUCAAGAUAAGUACUUAGUGCCUAGUCAUUGGUGGGUUGUUGAGAACAGAGGUAUGGUUCAAGCGGAUGAUGGGACAUGGAUUCUUAAUGGAGAUAUGGCAAAGAAUGAUCAAGAAGAAAAAAAGGACGAAUGCGAAUUACUAUGAAUAUAUCUAUAAUACAUGUUUAAUUAACAUUCACGAAAUCCUUUUGAAGCAGUAAAAGAACAAGAAAAUGUUACGUAUUCUCAAACAAAUAACAUCUGAAGCACCAAAUCGAGAGAAGUUGAUUAUUUAUGUACAUGGAAAAAGAGGAAGAAGAAGAUCAACAAGGUAUCGUGGAUGUGAAUCACUCCAUAACAUGAAUUGGAGCUUUGAUCAACCCUAAUACGAUCUCUACUAGUAUAGUUACGCACAAGCAACAAGGACAUGCAUUGUGUGGGUGAAUAAAUUACAACCCCAUAGAGUCGUAUUUAUAACCUUCAAAGUUUUGGUGGGUGUUUAUGAGUUUAUUGAGGAGAUUCAAAAAUCCAUGUCUCCACAAACACAAUGUUGUGCAGCACAGCCUGAGUUAGAACAGUAGGUUCUAACAAUAAACAAGCUUGUGCUAGUGAGUAUCGUUGUUGUAGACUUGUGGGUUAUUGUACGUUUACUAAUUGGAUAAACAAUCAUGUUGCCCUGGAAGCAACGUAAGCAAGGCCUAUUUUAUAUUUUCAGAUGCAUUCAAUUUAAAGAAUGGCAAGUAUCAGGCAGGCCCAUUUUCUGAAAGAACGAUAAUUUCCAAUAUGCUUUCCCAAGAGUGAAACAUACCUUCAACAAUUAUGUCAUAAAACCUUAAGAUUUCUAACAAGCGUUUCAUUGUCCGGUUUUAAAAUGCUGGCAUAACAAAACAAAUACAUAAUAUUAUGGUUUUUGGUUUGAAACUAGAGAAUAGACAUUAGUGCUGUUUUUGGCUUCAAAAUUUUCACAAACUAGAUCUUAGUUGCAUUAGUUUGUACAAAAGCCAUUUUGAUUUGAAUAAAAUUAACAUUCUUUCAAAAAAAAAAAUCUAUAAUAUUAUGUAAGUAAAUUUUGUAUGUGUCGUUUGUUAAUUUUUCAGGAAUUUAUUAGACAAAUAUCUUCAACAAAAUAAAAUUAUUAGGAUUAACUGUUAUUAUUAAUAUUCAUAUUCUAAAUUUUCUUGUUUAAUAAUCUUUAAAACAAGAUUUUGACCCGCGCUUUAGCGCGGGGUAAUAUUUUGGUAAAAACUUUAUAUAAUCGUAUUUUUCUUUAUUGAAAAUAGGUCUAAGCAUAAUAUCCGUAACCCAAAAUCCGUACCGAACUUAAACCAAAAAAACCCGAUCCACACCAAAUACGAAAUGUAAGAAAUCCCAGAAUUGGUCUUGUGGGAUGGUACAUCAUAUAUCUGAACCCGAAGUGUUAUUAGCCGAAUCCGAACGGGCAACCCGAAAAAACAAAACAAAAACAUAAAAAAUCCAAAAAACGAUAUGAAAGUCCAAAUUAAUCACAAAUAUAAAUACUUAAAACAUAAAUAUAUACUUCAAAUAUUCAGUUCUAUAUUUAUUAUGAAAUUAUAUCAUAAAUUAGUAUUUAAAUUUUCAAUAAGUACCUUAAAUAUCUAAUUCUAUAUAAAUAAGUUUAUUUCUUAUGUUUUGCUUUAAAAUUUUGGAAUUAACUUCGGAUAUAUCCGAACUGAACUAAUAUAACCUGAAUUGAAACAAUAUCUGGUUACUUUAUGGAUUUUAUGAUGUGAUACAAAUUAGAAGCAAAACCAGUGUCUUAUAUCCAAACUCGAUCUGUACUUAUAAAUUUACCAGAAUGAGACAUAGGAUGUGAUAUAAGUUUGAACCAAAAUUUCAAAUACCCAACCUGUACCCAAGGCCCGAGCCUAACAUAAAGUAUGUUUUAUGUUAUUUGACAAAUAUUGUUUAUGUUUGUUGGAACAACCCGUAAAACUACGCUCAUAAAAAAAUAUCAAUAAUAACAUGUUCCACCAUAUCAUUAAAUAUUAAUAACUAUUAUUAUUCAUUUUAUCAUAUAUAUAUAUAUAUAUAUCUAAUUUUAAUACUCUAUCUAUAAGAAUUAUAUUAUUAUGUAUUUGGUCUGAGUUUUAAAUAAUUUGUUUCUUGCAUUUGAAUUAAAGUAAAAUUGUAUAUAUGAGUUAGUAGGCAUAUAUAAUUCUUUUUAUAUUAAUAAAUAAAAUAUAAUUGAUUAUCUACUUAAAAGUAGUGUUAAUAUAAAUUGAAUUCGUUGUUUAAAAAACAAUAGAUUAAUUAUUUCGUUCCUUAAUUUUAGGUUAGGGUAUACAUAUAUUUAAUGAUAAUUAAAUUAGAUAUAAGUAAAAAUAAUAGUAAAGCUAGUUAAAUGUAAUUGUCCAACCUAGAUUAUUUGUAAGUAGAUAAAAAAAUAGAACCCUAAAUUAGUAGAUUAGAUUCUAAAAUAAAUAGAACUUAUAGUAUUGUUUUGAUUAUGUGAAUAUUUUUUAAAAAAACUUUCAUUAUCGACACUUU